GUAGGGGCCGGAACUACUAAGGUAUGGAUGUCAACAACAGAUUUCCACGAGAUCACGCCGGUUCUACUAAUAACAACUACACGUAACAGUGAAACUUUGAAGUGUGUUGUUGUCGAUCACUGAACUGUGAACAGUAACCUGUAUUUGGGCUAAUUUGUGAUGUUGCAAUCGGUUAUAUCGUCAUUAAAUUCCAAUAAAAUCGUACUGGCGAGUGGAUCUCCAAGAAGGAAAACAAUUCUACAGAACCAUGUUGGAUUGAAGUUUGAGGUGAUUCCAUCAACAUUUGAAGAAAAUAUUGACAAAAGUCUUCCUCCGAUCGAUUAUGUACGAGAGACGGCCAAACAGAAGGCUUUAGAGGUGGCUCAGAGGCUGUGUAUUGGCAAGGGAUCACCAGAUUUGAUAAUCAGUGCUGAUACUGUGGUAACACAAGAUAACCAAAUAUUUGAAAAACCAAAAGACCGCGAAGAUGCAUACAAUAUGUUAAUGAGAUUUAGUGGCAGAAAACAUUCAGUGUGCACUGGUGUUACAUUAGUGUGCCCUGCAACUUCUACAGUUUUUACGGGAUCAAAAGUUAAUGGUUUUGAAAACAUGUUGAUCACACAGUUUCAUGAGUCAACAGAUGUGAUGAUGACAACAUUAACACCAGAGAUUGUCAAUGCCUAUAUAGACACUGGAGAAUGCAUGGAUAAAGCAGGUGGCUAUGGUGUCCAGGCAAUAGGAGCGUCCAUAGUGGAAGGGAUCUAUGGGGACUAUUACAACGUGAUGGGAUUUCCUCUCCACCGAUUCUGUAAAGAACUGCUAGAAAUAUACAAUAAACAAUAAAAUAG